AAAACUUUCAAGCAUACAUGUCCUUAUUUAUUAGUUCAACGAUAUUUUGUGGCCGCUUCUUUUUCAGCAGACAGCGAAGAGUUCAUUUUUCGCCCUCUUGUUUUUCUUCGCAGUACCGGAGCUUAUAAAUUGCGCGGGUCUGUUCCUUUGUCUUAUACUAGAGCGCGGGAGAUAGUGCUUAGCGCUUUCGAUUCCAUCGGCCUUCCCAAGCAAGACUACGGUCUCCAUAGCCUUAGGGCCGGAGGUGCCUCCGCUGCUGCUAAUGCUCGAGUGCCUGACAGAUUGUUUAAAAGACACGGCCGUUGGAAAUCAGACAAGGCAAAAGACGGUUACAUUAAGGAUAGUGUUCAUUCAUUGUUGUCGGUUUCGUUAUCACUGGGUAUUUAA